UCCGUGGAGCUGGGCUAAUCUGCCAAAACCCCCAGCGAUCUGUUUUGGCCAUUCAUUCGGCCCGGGAGUCCGGGCACUCCAAACGCUCUGGGGCAGUGGGUGGUUUGGGUGACAAUGGAUGGUUUGACGAUUCGAUUGGCGGGUAGUUGGGAAGUUGGGCCCUGCAGGCCCGGGCCAAAGUGGCAAGCUUAUCGACGGAUUGCGGUUCUCACGGUGGAUCUGGCCGCGUUAUCAGUUAACUGGCGGUGACGAUGUCAUAGAGCCACCAGCGAAACGUAAACAAACGACGCCCACGGCUGCAGCCGAACCACAUUUGAAUCUGAAUCCGAAUCGAGCCGACGUCCUGGGCCAAAAACCGCACAGCUCCAGCUCCCACGGGUGCCAGAUGCCAGAUAGUUCCUCACUAGCGUCGCGUGCGCUUCGUUUUUCGUCGUGUGACAUGGCAUUUUCCAGUACCUCAUCGCCCGCCUGGGAUUAUCAGAGCACUCCGGAACCGCUGGGACUCCUGUUUCCGCGGCAAAAUGCGACGAUAACUCCAAGUGACCUGGGUCUCCAGACGACAAGCCUGGGUGCGGGUCACUUCCUUUGGCUGGCCAUCAAUGCCCUGCUGUUUGCCCUCAUCCUGGGUGGCAAUAUCCUGACCAUUGUGGCGGUACGCACCUGUCGCCAUCUGCGCUCGGUCAUCUCCAACCUGUUCAUCCUCUCUCUGGCCGUCUCCGAUUUCUGUGUGGGAUUGGCCUUGCCCUAUCACCUGACCUUCUACAUGGGCUCGGACAUUGGCGCGAUGCGAGCUCCCUGCCUGCUGCGCUUCUUCCUGCUAAUCUGCGCCUGCUGCGUCUCCAUGCUGACUCUGAUCUCCAUUGCGGUGGAUCGGUAUAUAGCCGUGGUCUACGCCUUGCACUACAGAAGAUACAUGACACGUCGCGUGGCCUAUAGCAUCAUCGUAUCCAAUUGGUGCCUGGGUGCUUUGGUGGCCCUCCUGCCCGUGUUCUGGAAUCGAUGGCCCGAGGCGCAGGCUUGCGAAUUCGACGAGGUCCUUUCGCCCGGCUACAUAGCCGGUGUGAUUACGCCGGGCUUCAUAAUCAUUUGGAUCUGCAUGCUCCUGGUUUACUGGCGCAUCAUGCGCGAGGCUUCCAUGCAAGCUCAGCGAUUGCGGCAGUCGGUGGUCUAUAACACGGAUGAGGCCACCACCAUGCGGAGUCUGCUGCUCCAUCCCGAUUGGAAGAGUGUCCAGAUCGUGGUCUUCAUCAUGGGCUGCUUCACACUCUGCUGGCUGCCGUACUUUUGCGUGGCCAUAGCUCAGCUGUUCAGCAUGUGCCGGAGCAGCUCGAUGAUCUACAAGACCACCUUCUCGCUGGCGAUUGCCAAUUCGGCCCUCAACCCAAUCAUCUACUCGUGGAAGAACUCUGGCUUUCGGCGCGCCUUUGCCCAGACACUCUGCUGCCGGUCGGCGAGGCAGUGCGAGGAUCAGCUGCCGGCGGACAGCAAGCACCGCAUGGAGGCCACCUCCUCUUCCACGGGAUACCAGCAGGAGAUCAAACCGAAGGCCACUCAGUGAUCACCCUUAGAAUACCCAUCCCUUGACUUUAUAGGAUUAUGUUGAGAUGAAAGCAAUUAAAGCGCAACGAUUUGUGGCAUUAUA